CCUUACGUCAUAUCCAAUGGACGGAUAGCUGUCCUGGGUUGAAAAAGAGAACAUGAUUAAAUCCUUAUUUGACAAUAGACAACUGAGACCAUGACCUAUGCUCGCAUAAACAUCACUUUGUAAGGCUUGUUGCUGUCAGAUGCUGUUAGGUGGGCGAUUUCUAUUCGAAGUCGUAAACCGAGGAAUGACUGACAUUAGUCUCGUAGGAAGUCGCUAGCAAGUGAAAAAGUAGCAACCAGCUACUAGUAGCUGUAGCUAGUCUAGUUAGCACCAGGGUCCUUUGUUUUCAGAUGCUAUGAUCGUAAUAAUGUUGUUGAAUAGCUAGGAAUCGCUGGAUGUUCGGACGCUAGUGCUCGGUUAUAUUCGUAAUAACAUGUAUCGGAUAGCUUAGUAGGUUGUUUAACAAUAAUAACCAUUGUCAUUUAAUUUGAAAAAGGAGAGAGUUGUAUCUUAGCCAGGUAGCUAAACGGACAACGGCAAGUUUAACAAGCUAUUGGUCUGUAGUAGCUAGUUCUAGCCAGGUAGCUAAGCAGAAAUACAAGGGCUAUUAAGAAGAGGAUAUGGGCAAUUGUCUCAAAUCGCCGACGUCGGACGAUAUUUCUUUGCUUCACGAAUCCCAGUCAGACAGAGCAAGUUAUGGUGACGGGACAGACCCAGACAUGGAACCACCUCCACCUUAUCAGGAGCAGGCCCACAUGCCCAUGUAUCACCCCACCCCCAGCCAGGCCCGGUUGGCCACCCAGCUGACAGAGGAGGAGCAGGUUCGUAUCGCCCAGCGAAUCGGCCUCAUCCAGCACCUCCCCAGGGGUGUGUACGACGGCGGGCGCGACGGUUCGGAGAAGAAGAUCAGAGAGUGUGUGAUCUGUAUGAUGGACUUUGUGUACGGGGACCCCAUCCGGUUCCUGCCCUGCAUGCACAUCUACCACAUGGACUGUAUAGACGACUGGCUGAUGCGCUCCUUCACCUGUCCCUCCUGCAUGGAGCCUGUGGACGCCGCCCUGCUCUCCACCUACGAGACCAACUGAACCUGCGCCAGACCCCCCCCCCCCCCCAACCCACCACCCUCUCCCCACCCACCGCAACCCAAAGGGCCGCCUUCAGAAACACUUCUUCAGAAACACACUUCAGUCAAACACACACACCCCACCCAUACAGCCUUGCCCGCUCCUUCCGCCCUCUCGCCUCACACGUACAGUGUGAGAUGCAGCAAGUUGUUGAGGCUGUCGACUAGAUGAGAGACUUAUGUUAACACUCGUGAUGCAGAACAUGCUGGCCCAUCCGACGGCAUGGGCUGGCUGGUGCAGGGAAGGCCAGCCGAAGUCAAAUCUCGAUAAGACAGUUGCCUGUUUAGGUCAUACAUGCAUGUAUGUGUGUGACUUGUGUGUUUGUGUGUCUUCCUGGUUGGGGGCGUGUUCCGGAAAGUUUAUAAGACUGGAUAAGCUUGGUGUUGAUGAAGAGUUGUGGGAGUUUGUGUUGGGAUGCAGUUCCGCUUGAGCAGGUCUCAGUGGUUUUCUUUGUCUGUCAGUCAUAAUGAUUAGUGACCACAUGAUUAGUAGGUGUAAAUGAGAUACUUGUCCACCUUCUGUAUUUGGCAAUAGGGAAGUCCUGUCAAAUUUCAGAAAUUGCAUCAAUAAGACCAAGUGCAUACUCAUCAUCAAAGGUAAUUUCCCCCAAAAGGCCUACAUGGUGGAUAUGUAGGUAAGCAGACUGAAUAUCCUGUGUUAGUUUUACAUCGGUGUACAGUAUAUAGGAAUUACAACUUAAUAUCCUGAACAUCGACAACAACAAACAUUUGCACACUGCAGAAAUCGCCCAAUGUCCAUCCUUUAUUGUGUCUAAAUGGGAGAUAUAUGUAUGUAAACAUUUAGCUUAGCCUUUUGUCCUCAUUAGGUUUUUAUGUUACACCACAAUGGCUUCACUGCUAGAGCUAGGUGGACAAUAAUGGGACCCCUUACGCUAGUCCAAAUGACCAGAAAAGAAAAUUAAGAGCUUUAUAGCACUGUGUACUGUUGGUGAGUUAAACAUAGGUGGAGUGGAAUAGCUGUCGACCAAUUGUAAAGGGCUCAUUUGUGCAUGGUCAGGAGGAUCAGUCUAAAGUUAGGAAUGCUUGCAAACACAUUUAUCUGAUCCAGAUAUUUGCACUUUACUUAUAGGACAAUAACGGAAAACAUUAUAUUAAUAUAUAAAACUAUAACCUUGCACUAUCAGUAUGAUUUCUUGUUUUUUUCCGCAAUGCAGAAAUGACAGAACACUCAAAUGCUUUUGUCAGUGCUACCGUUGGUCACCUACCACAUUGAAGUAAGCCUGAACACCUGGACUUAUAAGUUGUGUGAUUCGAUAGUGUGACUUUGUUUUGUUUCGCUUUUUGAAGCCGUGUGUGAAUGGUAGGAAAGGGACAGAGGUUGGAGAAGACCCACAUUUAGAUGCAGAAAAAGCGGAAUCUGAUCUGCUCACAAGCAGAACCCCCUUUGAAUCAAUACCCCGUUGGUAUGUUCAGAAAGAGACUCUACAGUUACAUCUUUGUUUGCCUUUUUGUAAUAUGCUGCAAUUAUUUCCAUUUGAGGUGUUGCAUAUGUUAGUAGUGAUACCUUCUUUCUGUGUAGCCGUCUUAGAUUGUGUGAUACCAUUGUGUAAUGUGUCUAAGACAACAACCUUCACUAUUAGUGUACACUGUUGAGUCUGUUUGCAAACCUCUGUCCCGUUGCAGUUUCAGAGUGAGAGAGAUGUUUCUCUUAAAGUGUGAUCGACGUUGGAGAUGACACACUUUUUCAAUUAGCUUUUUUGGUUUGGAGUGUUUUUCUCUUCAUUUAAGUUCUGCAGGAUACUAAAAAUAAAUGUUAUCUCCUGUAAUCUUUGUUUUUGGGAGGCUAACUAGCCCUCAUGUAAAGAAAACCAAUAAACAAGAAAGCACACUUGUCGGUCA